AAAAACUAAAUUUUGACACGCAAACGCUAGGUUGCGAUAGAAGAAGUUAUAGGCAACUCGGUAGUAAACUUCGAAAACAUGAGCAAUAGAACACUUGCUACUUAAACAAAACCCUAGCAGACCUCACAAACCAGUAAGGAGAAAACGCCUCUUUCUCCUCUCACAAACUCUCGCAACCAAUCGCAGCUUCAUACUUCUUCUUCACCAAAGCUUCAACUUCUUAGCUUUCACGCUUCCUUCUAUACCUACUUUCUCUUCCUUCUCUCUCCACUUUUGCUGCGAUCUCUCUGCUUUCAAUCAAGUUUCAAGUUUGGUGGUUUUGCUAGCUGAGUAGUCUUUGGACUUCCUUUUCCUUGGUGGUUUCCGUUCUUUGUUGAUAUUGGGGCCAUUAUUAAGAAAUGAUGGCCCAGCAAGUGAGUAAUGUUCGACUUAUAUCCUACUUACAAGAGCUUGAAGAUGGGAAGCCACUCUACGUUUCUUCAAAUUGUCUCCCUUUAAAGGUGUCAAAGUAUGAACCUGCUGGCCAUUCUUUUCACGCUGUUGCACUUAGACUUUCUGGCCAUUGUGUAGAAGUUUCAGACAAGGAUGAUGAUCAGAGUGCAUCAAACGAUAAAGAGCAAACUUUUACUCCUUCUUUUGAGUCAUACAGUGGUAAGAGUAAGAAGAAAUCUGGAGGUGAUGGUAAACAACAACAAGACCAUUAUGCGUUGUUGGGGUUGGCACAUUUGAGAUACCUUGCAACUGAGGAGCAGAUAAGAAAGAGUUAUCGGGAUGUUGCUUUGAAAUAUCAUCCUGACAAACAAGCUGCACUCCUUCUGCAAGAAGAAACUGAAGCUUCAAAGCUAGCAAAGAAGGAUGAAAUUGAAAACCAUUUUAAGGCCAUUCAAGAAGCUUAUGAGUUGUUAAUAGACCCUCAAAAAAGAAGGAUGUAUGACUCAACUGAUGAAUUUGAUGAUGAAAUCCCCACUGAUUGUGCACCUCAAGAUUUCUUCAAAGUUUUUGGUCCAGCUUUUAUGAGGAAUAGCCGGUGGUCUGUUCACCAGCCUGCCCCUUCACUGGGAGAUGAAAAUUCUUCAUUUGACGAGGUUGAUAAAUUCUACAAUUUUUGGUAUUCCUUUAAAAGCUGGAGAGAAUUUCCACAUGCAGAUGAAUUUGACCUUGAGCAAGCAGAAUCUCGGGAUCAUAAAAGAUGGAUGGAAAGACAAAAUGCAAAGCUAAGUGAGAAAGCCAGGAAAGAAGAAUAUACUCGGGUACGCUCUCUUGUUGACAAUGCCUAUAAAAGAGAUCCCAGGAUAGCCAAGAGGAAAGAAUUUGAGAAAGCGGAGAAGAAGCGGAAGAAGGAAGCCAAGUUCUUAGCCAAGAAGUUAGAAGAGGAAGAAGCUGCACGAAUUGCUGAAGAGGAGAAGCGUAAGAAAGAGGAGGAAGAUAAAAAAGCUGCUGAAGCUGCUUUGCUUAAUAAGAAAGCAAAAGAGAAGGAAAAGAAACUCUUGCGCAAAGAACGGACCCGUCUUCGGUCACUUACUGCUGAAGUUGCAUCUGAUCGUGUAUUUGAUAUUUCUGGGGAUGAUGUAGAAACUCUAUGUAUGUCACUUGACAUGUUGCGACUCAGGGGCCUAUGUGAUAAGAUAGAGGGGAAGGAAAAAGAGGAACAGGUUAAAUUUAUUAAAAACUCUCUUAAUGGUCAAGUUGACGAUGAGAAGAGUCCCAGUUCUAGUCCAAAUCCGAAACCAAAACAAACUGGUGCAGUGGAAGCUAAUGGAAGCAUGAAUUCAUCAAGUAGCCAUGAAAAGAAAGAGAAAGAGAAAGAGAAAGAGAAAGAGAAAGAGAAAGAAAAGGAGAAGCCUUGGGCCAAGGAAGAAAUAGAUCUCUUAAGAAAAGGUAUGCAAAAAUUUCCAAAAGGGACAUCAAGGAGAUGGGAGGUUAUUUCCGAGUAUAUUGGUACUGGUAGAUCAGUGGAAGAGAUUCUGAAGGCUACAAAAUCAGUUCUUCUCCAGAAGCCAGACUCUUCCAAGGCAUUUGAUUCGUUCCUUGAGAAAAGGAAACCAGCGGCAACUAUUUCAUCACCACUUAGUACUAGAGAAGAAGUCCAAGGUGUUCCAAUUGUGAAUGGGACUAAUACUGGGUCUGCUCCUGGGGCUGAUGCUAGUAGUUCAACAACCCCUACAGAUACUCCAAAUGCACCAUCAUCGACAGAUAGCCCAGCUGCUUCUUCGGGAUUAUCUGACCCAGAUGUUUGGUCUUCUGUUCAAGAGAGAGCUCUUGUUCAGGCCUUGAAAACGUUUCCCAAGGAAACACCUCAGCGUUGGGAGCGGGUUGCAACUGCUGUCCCUGGGAAAACUAUGAAUCAAUGCAAGAAGAAAUUUGCUUCACUCAAGGAGACUUUCCGAAGCAAGAAAACUACUGGUUAGAACUUACCAAGUUGUUUGGUAUCUAUCUGAUGCAUCAUCAUCAACAUAAUUUUGGUCCAAUAUUUUUAGUUUUGCUGAGGGAAGCUACUUACGCUAGAGUGAGGAUUCAUCACUUGGCAGAUAGCGGUAUUGGUACAAGCUGUAGUACGUAUUUUUUUGACUGAUUAAGCGAUUCUUUUUUGUAAGGUCUAUCCAUCCAUUAACUUACAGGUGACGCUAAUCAUAUAUUUAUGCUUUCAUUUUAAAAGUAACCAUCAGAAUAGUUAUGUUUUCCAGUUGAGCUAAAUUUGUCAUUUUCUUUUUAUUAUUA